AUGGGGACAGAUGACACUGCCAGUGAGGAUGGCACGGCCCAGGGGUGCUGCAUCAACUUCAAGGUGGCCAAUCUGAGCCGCUGCAACCUGGCCUGUGCCAGCCUGUACUGUGCCAACCUGGAGAGGGCUGACCUGUCAGGGUCUGUGCUGGAUGGAAGAUGUGCCAACCUGCCAGGGGUGAAGAUGCUGCGCUCCAACGCAGAGGGAGCGUCCCUGAAAGGCUGCAACUCUGAGGACCCAUCAGGCCUUAAAGCUAAUCUGGAAGGUGCCAACAUGAAAGGAGUGGCCAUGGAGGGCAGUCAGAUGACAGGAAUUAACCUCCGAGUUGCAACGCUGAGAAACACCAAACUAAAGAACUGUAGCCUCAGGGGAACAACGUUGGCAGGAACUGAUUUGGAAAAUUGUGACCUAUCAGGUUGUGACCUCCAGGAAGCCAAUUUGAGGGGCUCUGAUGUGAAAGGAGCCAUCUCUGAAGAGAUGCUGACCCCCCUGCACAUGUCCCAGAGUGUCAGAUAGGGAAGAGAAGACGUCGAAGAGGAAGGAAUCCAAACAUUUCUUGUGACUUUCUUCACCUCCUCCCCUUCCUGAGUUAGAAGGAAUGGUUAUUAGACAACUUCCAUUUGCAGUAGUGCCUUAGUAGACUCUUUCUGAUCACUUUUGGGGAGGGAAUUUUUGUUUCAGAGGUGGAAAGAGAGAAUUUCUCCCGGUGUGAAGAGAGUGAG